AAAGAAGGCUCUAACGGUCAGCUUUGUCACUGCACAACGCAGAUCGAAUGAAUUGUUUUGCUUUACCUUCCUUUUUGGGCUUAACGAAAUCAAAACUUUCAUUAUCUUUUUCUCUUUAUUCAACGAAUUUGUAUAUUCAACAUUUCAAGCUCCAAACACCGUAAUAAUGGAAGAUAACCAAAAUCAAUGGCAUGACCCACUUCUUCUCACUGACGUUUCAUGGAAUUUGCAGCACCACACCACCUCUAAACAUAUUCCACACUCUUGUUCAACUUUGCCUAUGCCGGAUCUUGAUAAAGACCGUCGUUCUGUGCUUGGGUUUUCUUUAACAUCUCCUGAUCUGGUUAUUUGUGCUGGUUCGUCCGAGAUUCCCACAACUAUAUAUGGAGAUUCCCCUGAAUUCUCUGAUAGAGGCAAGCACAAGUGCUCUUUUGAGCUUUCUCUAGAAGAUGUUAUCAAAGAUACACUUAAACACCCAUCUGUUAAGUUCUCUCCAAUCUGUCAAACAUUCAACAAAGAAUUGUCUCCUGAAUCUUCAUUGGAGCUGUUCCUAGAGCCGUCAACGGAAGACAAAUCACCGCAACAUUCCCUUUCCUGUGCAAGCAUCAAUUCAGGUUCCACUGACGGGGAUGUGGUUUUGAAUGGUGAAAAGUUUUUGGAGGACAGUCAUUUUUCAGGCGGUGAUACUGUAAGGACUAAUGCUACAAUUGAGGCUGGCCUCUCUCUUUACCAAACAGCACGUUUUGGUAACUUCUCAUACUACUUUCCUGAAUUAGAGCCAGGAAACUAUUCUGUGACUCUGCUUCUUGCAGAAAUUGUUCUCACAAAUGGGCCUCCUGGAAUGAGAGUGUUUGAUGUUUUUCUGCAAGAUAAGAAGGUCGUUUCCUGCCUAGACAUAUAUGCGCAAGUAGGUGCAAAUAAGCCUCUGGUUAUAUCUCAACUUAAGGCUUGUGUUUACAAUGAAGAGGGCUUAACCAUUAGGUUUGAAGGAGUAACAGGAAGCCCAAUUGUAUGUGGCAUUUCUAUAACCAAAGAUUCUUGUGCUUAUGCUGGGGAAGCUCAAUUCUUGAAUCCAAUGGAAAUCUCCCAGGUGGUAGAAUGCAAAUCACUAGAAACAGGUAAUGGGGAGCAAGAGGUGAAAGGAGAUUAUCAGAAGCUGCUACAACAUGCAGAGUUUCAGGAAAGAGAACUAACUGAGAUGAGGAGUGCAAUGGAGAAGCUCAAGAGGGAAAACCAUCUUAAGAAUAGGGAAUGCCAAGACGCAUGGAAAUCUUUAAAGGACCUCCAGAAUGAACUUAUGCGCAAGUCUAUGCAUGUGGGGUCCUUAGCAUUCGCCAUAGAAGGACAAGUGAAAGAGAAGAGCAGGUGGUUCUCAUCAUUGAGGGACAUGGCUAGACAGUUGAAGCUUAUGAAAGUGGAGCACAUAAGGCUAUCAGAGGAGGCAUUGGCAUACAGGCAAUUCCUUGCGGAUAUGGAUGAAAUGGGGUCUAUGAUUCAGUCCAAAAUGAAGCAGCAACAAGAUUCACAUGAAGAUCUCAAGAUUAAAUUUAUGGAAGGGUCCAAGGAACGAAAGGAACUCUACAACAAGGUUUUAGAGUUGAAAGGGAAUAUAAAGGUCUUUUGUCGAUGUAGGCCUUUGAAUGCUGAAGAACUUGCAUUGGAAGCUUCAGUGGCUAUUGAUUUUGAGUCUGCUAAAGAUGGUGAGCUUACUGUAACUUCAAAUGGGCUCCCUAGAAAAACCUUCAAGUUUGAUGCUGUGUUUAGCCCUCAAGCAGACCAAGCUGGAGUUUUUGAAGACACUGCGCCAUUUGCAACCUCGGUAUUGGAUGGUUACAAUGUAUGCAUAUUUGCUUAUGGACAAACUGGAACUGGGAAAACCUUUACCAUGGAGGGUACAGACGAAGCCCGUGGAGUAAACUUUAGGAUUCUUGAGGAGAUAUUUAGGAUAAUUAAGGACCGCCAUGAGCUAUUUCGGUAUGAUGUAUCUGUUAGUGUUCUAGAAGUCUACAAUGAGCAAAUACGAGAUUUGCUGGGUUCAGGCUCUCAGCCAGGAGUAGCUGCAAAGAGGCUGGAAAUAAGACAAGUGGGUGAAGGACUACAUCAUGUCCCAGGGUUGGUCGAAGCACAUGUAAACAACAUAAGUCAGGCCUGGGAAGUUCUUCAAAGUGGAAGUAAUGAAAGGGCAGUUGGCUCAACCAAUGCCAAUGAGCACAGCAGCCGAUCCCAUUGCAUACACUGUGUGAUGGUGAAAGGUGAAAAUUUAUUGAAUGGGGAAUGCACAAAAAGCAAAUUAUGGUUGGUUGAUCUAGCAGGAAGUGAGCGAGUGGCAAAGACAGAAGUCCAAGGAGAGCGACUUAAGGAAACUCAAAAUAUAAACAGAUCCUUAUCCGCACUUGGUGAUGUCAUUUCUGCUCUUGCAACUAAAAGCCCUCACAUCCCAUUCAGGAAUUCCAAGCUCACCCACCUGCUUCAGGAUUCCCUAGGAGGAGAUUCAAAGACGCUAAUGUUUGUUCAGAUAAGUCCUAAUGAGAAUGACCUGGGAGAGACCCUUUGCUCACUGAACUUUGCAAGUAGAGUUAGAGGGAUAGAGUUAGGUCCUGCAAAAAGGCAGCUGGACUCUACUGAACUUCUGAGAUACAAACAGAUGGCUGAAAAAUCAAAACAAGAUUUGAAGACCAAAGAUAUACAAAUGAAGAAGAUGGAAGAAACAAUCCAUGGAUUAGACUUGAAGAUAAAAGAGAAAGACCUUAGAAAUAAGAAUCUGCAAGAAAAGGUGAAAGAGUUGGAGUCGCAACUGUUAAUUGAAAGGAAGCUAGCACGUCAGCAUGUGGACUCAAAGAUAGCUGAGCAACAGCAACAACAAAUGAAACAACAGCAAGAUGAGCAACAAGCGAGGGCAGCUCUUGCAAAUCGACAAUUAGGAAGUAAUAAGAAUUUCAACGAAUCUGCAAAAGAACAAGGAAAAUGCAGCCAACCGCUUAUGGAAAAUAACAGCCACAGAGUUCCAGCAGAUGGCAUUGUCAAGUUUAUUGAUCCCACAGAAAAAGAGAACAAUCCCGAGAUGGCUGCGCAGCAACAGCGAUUACCCAAGAGGACUGGGAGAGCCUCAAUUUGUACAAUAGGUCAACGGUUGCCAAUGGCUCAAGCUCCGAGACGCACCUCGCUCAUUCCACUUCCAAGUGUACCUGGUGGUUUAUUACCAUUGUCAUUAUGCCACGAUUAUAUUAAAGAAGACGCAGGAGGGUCUGAAUCUAACUGCUUGCCAGAGCAAAUACAUUGCAGCAGUCCUAAAGGGUCAAAACAUGGAACCACAACGCUAAGCAGCAUAUUGAGACGAAGCCUUCAAAAGAAAAAUCAAAUGAAAUCUCCAGUGCACCACUUAAGAAAAGGAGGUAUAAAUGUUGGGAUGGAGAAGGUUAGAGUCUCUAUUGGAAGUAGAGGGAGGAUGGCGCAUAGGGUACUGCUAGGCAAUGGUAGAAGAGCAGGAAUGAAGGAUACUCAGGUGAACCGAAUUCAGAGGGAAAAAAAGGAGCGAGGGUGGAAUAUUGGAAUGGUGGGAAGAACAGCAAUCUAAUUAUUGAAAUUAAUUUCAUUGCGUAAUAGAAGAGGUACUUUAGUUGAUUCUUUGUGUAUGAUCCUAAUCAUCUGAUGGAUUUGUCGAUGUACAGUAUGUGCUUCUUGCAACAAUUGAAAUGCUUGAUAUUUAAUGGGCUAUAUAUUGUUUCCAA